AUGUCAAGAAGAAGAACUAAACAUGAGCUCAUAUCCAAUACGAACAAGCGAAAAACAACGUUCAGGAAAAGGUCAACAAGCCUCGUGAAAAAGGCCAAUGAGCUCUCGAUUCUAUGUGGAGUCGAUGUUGGUGUGGUAGCCCAUAAUCGAGAAGGUGGUGAGAACAAUGCGGUCCUUUGGCCAUCCCCUCAAGCCUUUAAUGAGAUGUUGCAAAGGUUUCUUAACGCAUCUGAAGUGGAGAGAGCUCGAAGAAUGGAAACCCACGAAACAAACGUGCAGCGUGCCAUCAUGGAUGAAGUGGAGAAUGUGGCGAAGGCCAAGAGGAAAGUUGAGAUGAGAGUUUCUCAACACUUGUUGGCCGAGGUGACUAAGGGUAAGGAUUUGAAGGAGCUCGAUCUACUACAACUGCAAGGAGUAUGCUCGUUUGCAGAGGAAAUGCUCAAGAAAAUAAAAAAGAGAGAGGAGGAGCUCGGAGUUGACCAAACAAAUGUUGCAUCUACUUCAAAUGUGGCACCCCAAAACUAA